CUGGAGCAGAACAGGAGCUGCUCGCUUCCCGCCUGGACCGUCGACGGGAGCCAGGUGACCCCCCGGAGCGACGUCAUGCCGCCGAAAGCCCACCGGGCCCCGCUCCUGCUCACCGUCACCUGCAUGUGCUUCUCCGGAGCUCUGCUCUGGUCCUACCAGGACGAGGAUGCCAGCGAAGGUGAGAAGUGCUCUGAAAAUAACAUCUCCACCACAAAGUACCCAUGCGUGAAGUCCACCGGAGAGGUUACGACGUGUUACAGAAAGAAAUGUUGCAAGGGCUUCAAGUUUGUGUUGGGCCAGUGCAUUCCUGAAGACUAUGAUGUGUGUGCUGGCGCCCCCUGUGAGCAGCAGUGCACUGACCACUUUGGUCGAGUGGUGUGCACCUGUUACCCCGGAUACCGCUACGACCGCGAGCGUCACAGAAACCGGGAGAAGCCCUACUGCCUGGACAUUGAUGAAUGUGCAGACAAAAACAGGAGUGCAUGCUCUCAAAUCUGCACCAACUCUGUGGGGAGCUACAGGUGUGAAUGUGAGAAGGGCUAUUUCCUGGAAGAAGAUGGCAAAACAUGCACCAAGGGGGAGAGAGCAGUUCAUCUCUUUGAGAAGUGUGACAAUGUCAUGAAUGCCAGAACUUGUUCAGCCACGUGUGAGGAUUUCCUCCAGAUCAGGAUGUCUGUCUUGCAGCUUAAACAAAAGAUGGCCUUGCUAUCAAAUAGUGCUGAUGUCCCUGUGCAGAUGACUAGUGAGAAAAUCCUGACAUCACCUAUAUAUUUGCCAGGGCCUCCAGGUUCUCCUGGACCUCCAGGAGAUCCAGGUCCAGAAGGCCCUCCAGGAUUAUUAGGCCCUCCUGGUCCACCUGGUCCCAGGGGUUUGAUGGGCCCUUUGGGACCCACACCGGACUUGUACCACAUAAAACGUGGCCCUCGAGGAUCUGUGGGGCCUCCAGGAGCACCAGGAAGAGAUGGUCUAAAGGGGGACAGAGGAGCUCCUGGGCCUGUCGGACCACCAGGCCCGCCGGGCUCCUUUGACUUCCUGCUGCUUCUGAUGGCAGACAUUCGCAAUGACAUUGCUGACCUGCAGACCAAGGUGCACGGUCGGCCAGUGAACUCUCCAGAGGAGGACUUUCCCGUGGCGCCAGACAGCUGGAAGGACACCCAGGACAGUUUGGACACAGGGUCGGGGGAGGACUUUAAGGAACCCGCACUUCAAACAGGCAGAGGCUCCAAGAGAGGCAGGAAGAGGAAACCUACAAGAGACAGAACAGACUGA